UCGUGAGCCACGAGGCAGAGCGAGCGACCGCGCGCCGGGAGGAGGCGGCUGAACGCCGGGAGGUCGCAUAGAGCGAACGACCGAGCGCCCGCGCGCGUGACCCGUGUGGCGUGAGGCGUGAGGGGAAGCCGCUGCCUGCCCCCUUCGCCUUCCCUUCUCUCCUGUUUCCUGCGACCGUGACCGCGACCGCGGAGCAGCACCAUGUCGGCGCCGGCGGCCGAACUCGGUAAAAAGCUCAACUCCAGCCACGACGGGUCCGGCGAGACCACAGAAAAAGAACAGCAAGAAGCGAUUGAACAUAUAGAUGAAAUACAGAGUGAAAUCGACAUACUUAAUGAACAAGCCAGCAAGGAGAUCCUGAAAAUCGAAGAGAAAUACAACAAACUCCGCCAACCGUUUUUUCAGAAGAGGUCGGAAGCGAUCGCCAAAAUCCCAAAUUUUUGGGUAACAACAUUCGUCAACCAUCCACAAGUGUCUGCGCUGCUUGGGGAGGAGGAUGAAGCAGUGCUGCAUUACCUGACAAGAGUUGAAGUGGCAGAAUUUGAAGAUACCCAGUCAGGUUACAAAAUAGAUUUAUAUUUUGAUGAAAACCCUUACUUCGAAAAUAAAGUUCUCUCCAAGGAAUUUCACGUGAAUGAGAGUGGUGAUGCAUCUUUGAAGUCCACCGAAAUCAUAUGGAAAUCUGGAAAGGAUCUGACGAAACGUUCAAGUCAGGCACCGAACACGGGCAGCAGGAAGAGAAAGUAUGAAGAACCUGAGAGCUUUUUCGCCUGGUUCACUAACCAUCCUGAUGCAGACGUGGAUGAGUUAGGCGAGCUCAUCAAAGAUGAUAUUUGGCCAAAUCCACUGCAGUACUACUUGCUUCCUGAUACAGAUGAUGAUGAUGAAGAAUUAGAAGAGGAAGAAGAAGAGGAAGAAGAAGAAGAAGAGGAGGAAGAGGAAGAAGAAGAAGAAGGGGAAGGAGAAGAAGAGAAGAAGGAAGAGGAAGAAGAAGGUGAAGAUGAUGACAAGGGGGAGAAAGGCGAGCCGGAUGACGACAAAGAGAGAGAGCCAGAGACACACGCAGCGUGAGAGCCACAGGCGGAGAGAGGGGGAGACGCAGAACCCGAAGCAGGCUCCAGUCUCCAAGCUGUCCGCGCAGAGCCGGAUGCGGGGCUCCAACCCACAAACCGUGAGAUCGCGACCUCGAGCCCAAGUUGGACUGAGCCACACAAGCGCCCCUCGUUUGCCUUAUGUUUUGAAGUCUCUUUUCUCUCCCUUUAUGCCAUGGUUCUCUACUUAUUUGGGGGGG